AUGGAGGAUUACAAUUUAGAUGAUGACUUGGCAAUUUUGAAUAAUGGAUCGAUGUUCCCACCCAAAAUGAGAAAGUACUGGAGAAAUAGGUAUCGUAUCUUUUCUAAGUAUGAUGAAGGAGUGAUUAUGACUAAAGAGCUCUGGUACAGUGUUACACCUGAAGACGUUUCUAGAUUCAUUGCGAAAUUUCUCCGGAAGUCAAUGAAGAAUCCAAAUAGUCGAAUUCUCGAUCUCUGUUGCGGAGGAGGAGGAGAUACGAUACAGUUUUUAAGAUUAUUUUCGCACGUUUAUGGCAUAGAUAACAAGCAAAUACAUUUGGACUGUACCUUGAAUAACUCAAGUGUCUACCUUACUCCCAGUUAUAUAGAGAAGAGACUUAAAUUAUUAAGAUGUGAUUGGAGCUAUUCAGUAGAAGCGGCAGAGUUUAUUGCAAGCAAGAAAAAGAUAAACGAGGAAAUGAAUCCAGAACUUAUCAAUUGUAUUAAGACAAUCACCUAUCUCAUUGAGGAACAUUUAGAUAUAGUUUACAGCUCUCCACCAUGGGGUGGUCCUUCGUAUUCGGACAAUGGUAGUUUUAAUCUUGAUGAUUUGCGGCCUUUCGGACUGGAGAAGUUCUUGAGGAGUAUUCUGCCCAUCUGCAAUAACAUCGCAGUGUUUUUACCGAGAAACUCAGAUCUAGCUCAGCUAAAAAGCACAAGUAUUGCUGUAUUUGGGCCGAAUUUCAAGCUUCGUGUGCUAAAGAUUUCUACAAAUGGACACUUGAAAGGUCUACUGUGCUGCUGGGGUGAUGCUUUCACAGGUAUAGCUCUGCCAGAUGCUGCUGGGGAUAAUUGCUAA